AAGCAGAGAUCUCCAUGUCUUAAGGACUCUCUUGAGUAAGAUUCCCAGCACGAAGAAGAAGAGUGAGAAAGAGAAAGAGAAAGAGAAAGAGAGAAGGAUAUAUCUAUCUUCUUUAGAUCACCAUUCUAGAGAGAGAAAUACUUCCUCUUUCUAAACUUCUCAUUUUCACACUCUUCCUAAGCUUUUUUUUUUUUUUGAAUUAGUGAAAAUUCAGUUCCGAUCACCAUCUCAUCCUUCUCUCCUCUCAACUGAUUUCAUUUCACCGUAUGAAUUUUGGCAUUGCAUGAAGUGAAUACAUAUUGCGAACCAAAAAUGUCGUUGAUUUGAUUCUUUCCAGGAAAUCGCCAUCUCUCUUCCAAGAUCCGUGAAUCAUGAAGACAAAAGGUAAUCCAGGAGACAACAGAACUAGGAACUCCGUGUCUAUCUUUAUUGUUGCUGGGUUGUGUUGUUUCUUCUAUGUUUUGGGUGCAUGGCAAAGAAGUGGUUUUGGUAAGGGAGACAGUAUAGCUCAAGAGAUGACGAAAAAGGUGGAUUGCAACCUCAUUGGAAAUCUUAAUUUCGAGACUCAUCACGGUGAUGAAGUUGGGACAAUUGAUGGUCCCAAAUCAGAAGUUAAAAUUUUCAAACCAUGCAAUGAUCGCUACAUCGAUUACACUCCAUGUCAAGAUCAAAUGAGGGCAAUGACAUUCCCUCGAGAAAAUAUGAAUUACAGGGAGAGACAUUGUCCUCCAGAGGAAGAGAAGCUGCAUUGUCUUAUUCCAGCACCUAAAGGAUAUGUGACCCCAUUUCCAUGGCCCAAGAGUCGUGACUACGUGCCCUAUGCAAAUGCACCGUAUAAGAGCUUGACUGUUGAGAAGGCUAUUCAGAAUUGGAUUCAAUAUGAAGGCAAUGUGUUUAGGUUCCCUGGUGGUGGAACACAGUUUCCUCAGGGAGCGGAUGCUUAUAUAGAUCAACUUGCUUCAGUGAUCCCAAUGGCCAAUGGAAUGGUUAGAACUGCGUUAGAUACUGGAUGUGGGGUUGCGAGUUGGGGUGCAUACCUGUUCAAAAAAAAUGUUAUAGCAAUGUCAUUCGCCCCACGAGACUCACAUGAAGCACAAGUUCAAUUUGCUUUGGAAAGAGGUGUGCCAGCUGUUAUUGGUGUUCUUGGAACUAUAAAGCUGCCAUUUCCAUCUAGAGCUUUUGACAUGGCUCACUGUUCUCGUUGCUUGAUUCCAUGGGGUGCAAAUGAUGGAAUGUACAUGAAGGAAGUUGAUCGAGUUCUUAGACCUGGCGGCUACUGGGUGCUUUCAGGUCCUCCCAUCAACUGGAGGACCAAUUAUAAAUCAUGGCAGCGUCCUGAAAAAGAACUUAAGGAUGAACAAAGGAAGAUUGAAGAGGUUGCUAAACUUCUCUGCUGGGAAAAGAAGCAUGAGAAAGGUGAAAUUGCUAUAUGGAGGAAAAGAACAAAUAAGGAAUAUUGCCAUGAGCGAGAUUCUCGUGUUACUAUGUGUGAUUCCACAAAUGCAAAUGAUGUCUGGUACAAGAAGAUGGAAGUAUGUGUAACUCCUUAUCCAGAGACUACCAAUUCAGACGAAGUUGCUGGUGGGGAAUUGCCGUCAUUUCCAGAUAGGCUCAAUGCUGUUCCGCCUAGAAUAUCUAGUGGAUCCAUUCCUGGAAUAUCUGUUGAGUUGUUCCAAGAGGAUAACAACUUGUGGAAGAAGCAUAUGAAAUCUUAUAAAAGGAUCAAUAAGAUAAUUCACACUGGGAGGUAUCGCAAUAUUAUGGAUAUGAAUGCGGGUCUAGGAAGUUUUGCUGCUGCACUCGAUUCUCCCAAAUUGUGGGUAAUGAAUGUCAUGCCAACAAUAGCUGAGAGAGACACUCUGGGAGUUAUAUAUGAGCGUGGGUUGAUUGGCAUUUACCAUGAUUGGUGUGAAGCCUUCUCCACAUAUCCAAGGACUUAUGACCUUAUUCAUGCUAAUGGUGUUUUCAGCUUGUACAAGGACAAGUGUAAUGCAGAGGACAUUCUCUUAGAGAUGGAUCGGAUUCUAAGACCAGAAGGUACUGUUAUAAUCCGUGAGCAAGUGGAUGUGCUGAUCAAGGUGAAGCGAAUUGUGGCUGGUAUGAGGUGGGACACAAAAAUGGUCGAUCACGAGGAUGGCCCUCUUGUCCCUGAGAAGAUAUUGUUUGUUGUGAAACAAUACUGGGUUGCAGGUGAAAACAACUCCACGUCUUCCUGAUGAAUGGCUAACAGAAAUGUGAAGUUUUGGCAUGAUUCAAUAGGAAACGCAGCUCUAACUGUUGUAAGUCCAAAGAAUUUAUUUAUUUCUGUUAUGGGCACUGAGAAAUUAGCAACUGGAUGUGAGAAAGUCUUAAUAGUUAGUUUCUCUUGGAUCUGAUUUGUAUUCACCUUUUCUUUUUCAACAGUUCUUUUUCUUUCUUGUUUUUUGAGCUUUAGUAUGUGCUCCCACAAUAUGUAAACAGAUUUUGAGCUUCCUUCAUUAAUUCUAGUUUCUCCUUUUAUUUUAUGA